AUGGCUUACGAAAUCGGAAAAAAAUACGAAGGUCUUCAUGACGGUCGAUGGUAUAUGUGCACCAUCUUAAGUCAAAAAGGCGACAGGUACAAGGUUACCUUCGAUGGUUGGAGCCGACAGUUUGACACAGUUCUCAGCGCCGACUGUCUUCGCCCUUGUACAAUGAUUGACGUUCGCUCCAGAAAGCGUUGGACACCCAGCGUGAAUUUCAACAAGUUGCCUCAAGUUGAGGGCAUCAGAAAAUCGACCGCGGUCAGAGUGGUGGAUCCUUUUCUAGAACUCGUUACAGUGGAGUGCGGAAACGAAGAAAUCAUUGCUUCUUUCCGCGAUGUACUACCACCGCCAGAACCCACUCCUGAUACUGUCAAGAGGAGAAGACCAGCAGCUUUGCCCCAAGCAGCACAAGCAACAUCACCACCACCUCCCGUAUCGGCGCCUGUCAGUGUCCAGUCAGCCAUAGCCCUGCAGUUCGCGACGAUCGUUCGCCUUGAUGGUAUCAAAAUCAGCUGCGGAGAUCUCGUGAGCCUCACCCCGAACAGUGCAGACGUCGUCUUCAUUGUCCUGGAGCUCUACCAAGACGAGUCCGGCUUAGAGGUUCUUUUAAAUGCUGAGAAGUGCCAGCUGUCAGAUGGUGUCGCCAUACGCCCGCUAGCAAACUUCAGGUUGACCUGCCCGGCAUCCGCGGUACACACACUUCAGGACACUAAACUUUCGUCUCAGUUAAAGAAAGUGGUCCUAGAAGUCCGACAAGGAGCCAUCCUGCGGCUGUCCCAGUCCCUGCAGCUACACAUGGCCAACCGCGCCUAUCAGCUUCAAUUUCAGCGGUACGACUUGGCAGCCAAGCUUCGCUGCGAGAUCUACAGAGGAAUGUCUUCCAAGGCAGCUCGCACCUUCGUCAUCAAAAUGGGCCCAGCUGAUCUCCGCCACGAUCUUGAAUUACUUGGGUUAGCGGUUGAAAACAAUUUCAAGGUGGAGAAAUCGAAGAAUCGACUCGACGAUCUAGAUCCCCCUGCUUGGUGA